GAACGAACCAACAAUCUGGUUCCAACAAGAGGAAGCCCAAGGGCAUUCGGUUACAAACAAAGCUGAGUAAGAGAAAAUGCAACAAUAAAGAACAAAACACAGUCUGCAAGCAACCACCCAAAAGAGCAAAACCCUUGACUGAAAAAGAUCAUCAUGAAUCUCUCUUGCAAACAACCAAUCAAAGUGCAACAAAACCACAAUCAGCUUGUCCGAUCAUAUCAAAAUCCAUGGUAGGUGAACAUCAUCACUCCAUGUGCCGCCUCUUGGGGAAAACUCAAAGGCAUCCAUCACAAUGAAUCUAGAAACUAGACUGCGUGGCGGUGGAAGAGGAUAUGAACCAGAUUGUUCCAAGCUGAAGAGGCAGAAAAAGGCCGAGGCAGAGAGAUCAGGUUUGAAGAAGAGCAGAAGCUCCCAAGGUAGCCACAAACUCCACGAAAACAUCGAUUCUCAACCAUUACCACCGGAGAAGACCCAACCUACCACCAUCCGACGACUCACCAAGCCACUCAAACACCUAGGGAGGUCGAAGAGAAAAAGAAGGGAAUGGCUUCAUCUUGAAGAUGAGGCCACCAAUGAGGGACUACCCCACCAUCCAUAUCUGGAAGAGGCUCCCAAGUUGCAUACUCCAUCUCCUACGACGAGCAUGCCCAAGAACCAAGAACCGAGAACCUAGAUCUGAAAGAAGAGCCAUAGCUCGACAGGAAAGGAGAAAACUGAAAGCCACAACGACUGGAAAUCCGAUUGAAAACUGCCCAGGACUCAGGCAAAGGAAACAAAGCAUGAUAAAGAAACAAAAAACAGGAAAAUAAAAACUUUGGGCCACUGCCGGUCACCUAAAAGGAGCCGGCGGCAGCCCCUGAAAUCAGAAAAGGAAGACUAGAACAAGAGAGAAGACAUAGCAAAUUUCAAAAAGGAAAGGUAGAGAGAGAAUGGCUUCUUCCAUGCAAAUGUACCAUAAACCUUUUAUACUCAUGUUGAUUGUCUAGGGUAUAAGUGGUUUGGUCGCCGGUCCUUCGAACACAAGAGACAUAACUCAUUUUCUGCAGAUCAUAGUAAAAAGGAUAAUUGAAACUUAAGAGUCUUGUUCUCUGUGGACUAGUCUUAAUAUUCUGGGAAACCAUGUAAAUUUUUGUGUUAUUUCUUUUCAGCUAUUAUACAAUCUUAAAUGGUAUCAGUGCACUAGGAUUCAACUUACUUCUAUUUUUAUUUCAUGAAGUCGGACGAAGAGAAAGGUAGCGGCAAGAUUGUUUCAAGCACAAGCACAAAUAUAAUCCAACUCAAUUCACCUAUCUAUCUCCCUCCUUUGGAAAAUCUAGCACAAUUGUUUGAGACCGAUCUGUUGAAUGACUCAAACUAUGGUGAAUGGAUUAAUGACAUGAUGAAAACCCUAAUCGCCAAAAACAAGAUGACUUUUGUCGAUAUGAUUAAAGGUAGGAUCUGAAAUUCGACAAGAAGCAUGGGAUACAUGUGAUGCAAAUGUAAAGGGGUAGCUCAAGAAUGCUAUGACUCGAGAGCUCAGAAAUAAUGUCGUGACAGUCACCACUGCAUGUGCGAUAUGAUAUAAUCUCCAAAGUUGGUUCAGCAGAGGUUCGACACAAAGAGCCUAUGAACUACGGAGAAACAUCGACCCUCUAAGGUUAGAAAAACUCAUUGUAUUGACAUUCUAUACCUGUCUUUGCUCACUUUGGGAUGAGAUGCAUGUUGUUAGGAAUGGGUCUUGUUUGAAAAUGACUCAUAUUGGAUCUUCUACAAUUACUAAUUGUGUUAAUUCAUUGAAAUUGGAUGCCACUUUAUGCGUUCUAGCAAUUAAAAAGUGUUGGUUAUCGAUGGCAAAAUUAUGUCACACUAAUCCAAUUUCAAUUGAAUUUUUUGCUAAUUGUUGUUGUGAACUUGUGAUGAAGGAUCUAAGCAUGUGGGUGCCACUACUGAGGGGAAAGAAUCAUCGUGAUGUCUAUUAAUUACCAAACGAAAUAAGUGGUUUGUCUGGCAUUGGUCACCAAUCGUACUUCCUCAUCUUCUUGACAAUACCAACUUUGUCAUUCCUUGGCUAGGUCCUUAUCAAGUUUACUUCAUAAUCGUUCACUUCUAGUUUCUAAGGAAUAUGAUUUCUUUUUUGUGAUUUGUGUCUUCACAAUAAGAGUCACUAACUUCCUUUUUCAGUCUCUAGUUUGACGAGUAUUCGACCUUUUGAUGUUUCCCAUUUGGAUGUUUGGGCGUCCUUCAUGCAACCCAAGAUGGGUGGUCUUGAUCAGAGUUCAAGCAGCCCUCAAUUGAAGGAUCGAGUUGAAACUUGAACACAAACAUGGUAGGGUUUGUAGGUAUUUUUGGAUAAAACUUUCGUGUAAUCUUUCACAAGGAAGAAGGCUCGAGAAGUAUAGGUAGAAUCAAGGCCACGAUCAAUGUGUGUAAUUGAUCAAUACAAGCAAUCAAGCAACUUAGAAUCCACUAAGCUACUCAAACAAAUUCACAAAGCAGCAAGUUUAAUGAACCUAAACUCAAGGU